AUGGUCUCCUUACUUGAUCUACCAGCCGAGAUUCGCCUGGUAAUAUACACAUAUUUACUAAAGCCAAAUGAAUAUGUGAAGAGCUAUCGAAAGCUGAGGGACCAAUGGUCAUCAGCAGGCAGUGGUCCCCUUUGCACGAUUCCUCGACCUUAUGUGAAGCGAUAUACACCAUCUAUUCUUCUCCUCAACAAAAAGAUUACUAUAGAGGCCCUUCACUACCUAUAUCGAAUACCACUCGACCUCUACGGCACUCCCAGCACAUAUUUCGUCAUGCGUCAGAUGGAUAUCACAGAAUUCAUCAGCGAGCAUUAUCUGCGGAGAAUCCACCAUGGUGUUUUACGACUAAAUCAUGCCAACAAGCAUUUUGUGCUUUCGCUCUUAGACACAUGGGGUGCCGAAAACCGGCUAGAACGACUCGAUGUGUAUCGGCCCAAGACUCAACUCGACAGUCAACACUGGAAAGUUGUGGAAAGCAGGCUCUGGACCUUCUCGAGUAUAGUUCCGGUUGUGUUCCAUGAGGUCGAUGAUCCGCUUAAGGCAAAGGCAUCCAGGGCUACCUAG